UCGAAGCAGUGGAUUCGACUGCCACCUAAAACCAUGGAGGCCGAAGAAGAAUCUCCGGCCGGACGUCGCUUACUCAGCCCAGCAGAACUGCUGGCAGCUCGAACACGUGAUCACAAGAUCCCCCAGCGCUCACUUGGUCAGAAAGAUUUCAUUCCCGAUGGAGCAGAAGAACAAGAAUCAAAGCUGCGCCAAUGUCAGAAAGAACACUGGCAACUUUUGGAGGAGGAACGUGUUGUGCGGUUGGGAAGUUUGGUGAAGGCUGAGUGGAACCCCCAGGAAGGUAUUGUGGAACUGAAAUCCCCUGCAGGGAAAUUCUGGCAUACCAUGGGUUUCACACAGCAUGGAAAGCAGUGCCUGCUUCCAGAAGAAGCCUUGUAUCUCCUGGAAUGUGGAUCCCUUCAGUUGUUCUACAAAGACCUGCCUUUGUCAAUCCAGGAAGCAUAUGAGAAUCUGCUGUCUCCAAAGUCGAUCAGCCUACUAAAAUACCAGGUAUAUAGCCACUUGAAGCGACUGGGUUACAUCGUUUUGAGAUUCCAUUCCAGCACCGUUCCAACACCCUACGAAAGGCAGCUGAAUCUGGAUAGCCACUACCAAAGCAGGGAGAGAGGAAGCCACAAAAGGAAAUGCUCCAGCCCCGGAUUGCAAGAGAAGAAAGCCAAGCUAUCCGCGAAACCCCAAGAACCGUCACCUAAAAAGGCCAAGAUCCAUCAUGCUAGUUCCAGUUCCACUGCAUCAGAUGGCUCACCGAAACCAACAAUAGAGACACCGGAUCCAAAACCUGCAAAUAUUGAACUAGUCCCGUCUUCAAGUGUCCCAAGCGAAUGCAGUGAAUUGCCCACCUGUGCUCAAGACUACAAAGAGACAUGCAGGAAGACCUUUGGGGAAAGCCAUAGCGAUAUCUCUGCAUCCAGGUGGAAUUUCACCUCCAUUGAUUUUCCUAACAUGGGUGCUGAUUGCCCUCAGGUCUUCCUGCCAGAUCCUGAUAAGAGGCUCCUCCCAGAGAACGUGACAGCACGGGCAGUCGAUGCAAGCUGUUGGCGCAGGCGGCUCAACCAGAAACAGGAGAGGUUGACUCGCAAGGAACAGGAGCAGCUGAAGUGGGAGAGCAGAUACAAAAUCAGUGUCAAUGAGGAUGCCGAAGUCCGGCAUUGCACCACCUGGCAAGAGUACAAGGCACUUCUGAGAGAGAGGAGUGGUCGGGAAGAUCUCUGCCUGGAGACAGUCACCCCACUUUUGAAACCAAGCCAAGGACUUUCCACAGCUGACAUCCUUCAACAGAUCAGUGUUUUCCAACCCUCACACUUAUUGGAGGAAGCAUUUCAAUUACAGAAUGAUUCAUCAGAGCUAAAAAUAGAUUUUGAUGUGUAUCCUGCUGAUGGAGCUUCAACUUUUAAAAAGAAUGAUCCUGGGAAGCCUUAUGUCCGGAUGUAUGUUCAAAGUUUUGACGAGCAGGUCCCAUCUCUGAAGAUUGUCAAGCAAUUAUCUUAUCAAAGUGGAGAUGUUCCAGUGGUGUUUGCUCUAGUUGACAAUGGAAACCUCUCUUUCUUUUCUUUUAAGGAGUUCAAAUUGCCAAUUGAUAUUUAUCCCUGAUACUGAUGGUAUCAUUUGGAAAAGCUGUUUUAUAAAUGGGUAUGUUGAAACAAAAGAUUACUCAGGGUUUGAAAUUAUUCAGUAGGAUAUCAUCCAGAGUUCUGACUAAUAGUACUGUGUUGCGAGAGGACACACAUUCUAUAUAACAAGAGUCUAAAAAGAAAAAAAACAACUGUUCCAACAAAAUCUCUUCUGAUUAGAAACACAAUUAUUUUAUUCUUUUAAUCCACAAAUUCUCUGUUUUUAGUUUGCUAUUACCUAAGCUAACCUUUCUGCCAAUCUUUCUGGAACAAUUUACGAAUUUGAGCCUAGGCAGAGUCCCAAAAUAUAUUCUGGCAUCAGCUGAAUCUAAAAGUUGGAAGCUACUUUCAUGAUUCACCAAAUUGCAAAGACGAAAAUAAAUAUUUUUCUUAGUAAUCUUCAGUUCCAGACCCAAACAUGGAACAUAUGAGAAUAGCUGGAUAUGUAGGUCAUUUGUUACUUUUUCUACAAGAAAAUUUGGAGGCUACCGAAUGCAUAAUUUGUACAGAAUCAAUGGAAUUAUAUCAAUACUUAAUUUCUAUUUGCAGCUCUAAGAGAUUUAUCUAAUUUACUUAUUAUUUGGUUAGUGGAAGUCCAUGGACUGCUUUUGCUUAUUAGCAUCUCUUCUAGAUACAAUUUAAGAGGGUUCAUAUCACUAAGUUUAUUUUACAUUCUUGGCUGCUAUAUUUUUUUUCGGCAGAUCCUGACAUUCUCUCCUUACUAUGAAAUUCCAAGGCAGUUGAACCUUGCACUGAAUAUUUUCUUGUUUACGAAAAUGAGGAUUUUUACAUAGAAAUUGCAGAAAAAUUGUUUUGAGUUUUCAAUUACUUCAGUUUGGAAGCAAAAGCAAUAAAAUUUGUAUUAAAAGAUUUCAUGUACAGUAACAU